AACGCGGAGCUUUCGGUAGGAAACUCGGGACACGCGAGACACUGUGUUUCGCGGGUCACGUACGUCACUGUACGCGCGUGGCUCGUGCGUUUCGGCAAUCUGAACUAACGGGAACAUUACAAGUUUACAGAGAAGAAAACAGGUGAAACAUGAAAUUUCUUUAUAUUUGUCCCAUAAUGGUUAGAAAUUGAAGAUAGAUACGUAUCACGUAUACUCUCGCCUACCGAACAACGAUUAAAACAAUUCAACGCAAUUGAAAAACCGCUUAAUAUUCGCCGGUCGUAUACGUCUACCAAAAUGACUACAAUUUAAAUAAAAUGCACGGACUGAAUAACACAACGGUCGAGGAUCAGGCUCUACUGAUGGCGGCCGUAGGAUACGUGGCUGCCGCUUGCGUAUUAUUCCUGGUCGGAUUCUUCGGUUUCUUCCUCAAUUUGUUCGCCAUCGUGCUGAUGUGGAGGGACAAAGAGCUGUGGACACCUCUCAACGUCAUUCUCUUCAACCUCGUUUGCAGCGACUUCUCUGUGGCAGUCCUAGGGAACCCUUGGACUAUGGUGUCGGCUGCAUCUUACGGUUGGAUCUUCGGCCGAUCAAUGUGCAUCGCGUAUGGUUUUUUCAUGUCUUUGUUGGGUAUAACAUCGAUAACAACUCUGACGGUGCUGGCAAUGGAAAGGUACGCCAUGGUGUCCAGGUCAUUUCACACUACCAGGUGCGUCAGCAUCCGCCAUGCGGGGUUCAUGGUGGCUGGCAUUUGGUUGUACUCGUUUACCUUGACGGUACCGCCAUUGGUAGGAUGGGGUAGAUAUUCGAUUGAGGCGGCCAAUAUAAGCUGCUCCGUCAAUUGGGAAGAUCGGUCGGUCAACGCAAAAACCUACAUUAUAUACCUGUUCUUUUUCGGCCUAUUCCUCCCUCUGAUCGUCAUUAUCUUCAGCUACGCGCACAUCAUCAGGACCACCAGGAAGAAUAAAAUGAGAAUGGGACAGCUGCGCAAGGUCGAAGCCCGUAUAGCCUACACCAUCCUGCUGAUGAUCACAGCAUUCCUGCUGGCUUGGACCCCGUACUCCGUGUUCGCUCUGCUAGUUCAAUUCGGCGACCCUACCCUUAUAACCCCCGCCACUGGGGUUCUUCCUGCUCUCCUAGCCAAGAGCAGCAUCUGCUACAACCCAGUGAUAUACGUUGGUCUUAAUAGUCAGUUUAGGCAACACUUCAGGCAGAUAAUUAAGCUGAAGAGAGUCAGGAGCAGCGAGGAGUGCAAGAUGGCGGUCUCCAAAUACGUUACGUCUGAGUUAGUGACCGAUGGGAGGCACACUAGAUUGACCAGCGAUAAGAGACAAGAAGAAAAUAGUAAUCGCAACUCGAGGGCCAUAGACAUGGACGUUUGAUCCAGUGGAAUAAACAGUUUGUUUGUUUUUGUCAAAUGUUCCUUGCAAUGUAUUCCCGCCUGUAUAAAAUGACGUCUUUACUAUUUGUUUCCUGUGGAAUUGCAACUUCUGUUUGGUUUUUCUAAAAUAGCAUGGAAGUGAUGACUCAUAUCGAUUUUCCGGAACAUAAAUACGAAUUCAAUUUGUGAUACAGUGAUAACCAAAAACAGGAUAAACAAUAUUUUUAAAUAAAUAUUUUUGUGUAAUUU